CAUGUAAACAAAUACCAUUCAAAGAAAGCAUUUGGUUGAGCUGUCAUCGCAGGCAGGUGACACGUAAUAUGUUUCGGUGACGACUUGUCAGUGAUAAAGCAUAUCCAUGAGAACGUUCCUAUUAGGAUUAGACAUGGCUUUUGUGAAGCAACUGAAAUAAGUCAGCUGAGUAAGCCAAAAUGAACAAUGCGAGUGCCUGAGACGUGCGGCAUGCCAGGAGUAGAGUGUGUCACCUCAGCAGAAGAGAUAUGGCUGAAGGAGGGCAGGCAGCUGUGGUUGCCCGCAUGGAGCAGCUGUAUCGAGAAUACAACAAACUGUCUCAUUUCCUCAGGGGACAUCACAAUGUGUCAGAAGAUAUAGGUGAUGAAGUCCAUGAUGCUGCAGAUAUUAUAUCAAUUGAUUCAUUAAAACAUCAAGUUAAAAAUUUGAGGAAGCAGGUUCAAGAGGUGACCACUGAAAAGAGCACACUAGAGAAAACCUUACAACAGCACAAAAAUGAAAGUAUUAAACAAAUUGACAAACUGAAACAGGAGGUUGGUGACUUGAAGGAUGACACAGACGUUUUGAAGGAUAUCCUGAAAAGGCUGAAUGAAGAACUGAAUAGGUACCACAUAAAACAUGGAAAGCUUCCACCAGGAGAAACUGUACCAAGUAAAAAGGAAAUUAGUAAUUCCAGUUUGUAUAAGCUCUCUGGGUUGCUGCAAGCUUAUGAUGAAUUAUUGCUGGAAAGGGACACCACUAUCAAAAACAGUAAUGAAAAGCUGGGAGAUUUCAUGGUGCAGGUAGAUUCCAUCACUGCUGAGAAUGAAAAGCUCCAUGCACGUCUGGAGAAGUUGCAGUCACAGGUUCCAUUGGGAGCAGAAGAGGCAGAAAUGGUUGCAGCAGAUGCCAGAUUGCUGUUGGAGGAACGAGAACUGUUGGUGGAGGAGUUGCAGCGACAAAAGCAGCAUAACAAGCAGGUUGAUGCUCAGCAACAACACCAAUUACAAGCUUUGAAGCAUAAGAUUGAGGAAUAUGAACUUCAAAACCACAGCUUGAGCUCUGAACUUGGUACUUGGAAAACAAAGUGCAUGCAGCUGGAAAAGAAAUGUAGUUCCCUUCAUGACCAACUGCAGGGCUCAGUUCCACAGCAGGAACAUCAUAUGGCUGUGAAGGAGUGUCAAAGAUUGUUUGAGGAGCUGCGUAAAGCUUACAAACAAGAAUCUGGAAGCAUGAAAGGAAAAAUUUAUGCAGUUAGAAGUGAAAAGCAGAACUUAGCUGAGAAACUUACUGACACAUCUGCCAGCCUUCAUAGACUACGGGGUCAAGUCUCAGGACUAAAAGGAUCUCUAAGGAAGUGUGAAAGUCACAUAGACCACAGGAACCGUUCUCUGAAAGCCUUGCAGGUAACUGCUCGACUCACCCACACACGCCUCAAGGCUCUUGCCUCAAUCUGCAGUGAGCUGCUUGAAGACCGUGAAAAGCUGUUGGAUGCUGUAACGAUUCACAAGAAAGAAAAAGAACAACUUUGCAAGGAGGUGACUUUACGUAGUGCAGCUGUAGGAGCACUCUCACAGAAGUUAAAGGAGGAGCGCCUUGUGUGGAGUGGACGAGUGGCAGAGAGGGAUGGCGCCAUGAAGGCAGCCAGAGCAGCAUGGAGACGCUCCACUAGAGAGUCUUCGCACCUGCGUAGUCUGUUGGCCACGAAGGAUGACACAAUUGCUUCCCUCAUUUCAGACUACAAACGCUGGCAAGGUGUUGCCCGUGCCAUGGUUUCGGGAGUCCCCCUCAACAAGGGUUGCAGAUCACCACACAGCUCAGAGCUGACAGAGAGAAACAGACAAGAUGUUGGUGGUUGUCCUCUGAGCUGCGCAGUGGCCUUCAAUCCUUGUUGAGGAGGCACCCACAGCCAGGACACAGGCUAUAUCUCACCAACAACUAGAAGAGAGAGUGUAGAGGAGAGUUGAAGAAGGAGAGGCAAUCACAAGCCAACAAGAGGCAACCACAAGUUAAGGAGAGACCAGAGGCAACCACGAGUCAAGGAGACCAGGCCCAGGGAGACGCUGUCACUCCAGGUCCUCCCAGAAGUUUCAAGGUGGCACCAUACACCCCCCACAAGGCCAUGGAGGACGACAAGCCUUGUCUUGCUGACUCUGUCUAUAUGUGAUACCAAAACCUCGACUCCUGCUACACUACCCCUACCAGGUAGUUAAGGCCAUGUGGUCGUGUCACCCAGCCAUCCACUUCACCUGGACCCAUACCUGCCUCCAGAUACUACCUGGACAUCUUCCAGCCAAAGCCAGAUAAGUACCCAUGGGAUCCUCAUUUUUUAUUUAUUUAAUUUUUUUUCUAACUAAUUACAUAAGUUAGGGAUCACUUGGUG